CUCUGCUUCUUCGCGGCUCUUUCUCAAAUCGUCUUCUUCAUUUACGGCUUAUUCUGGAGCAAACCCAUUAAUCGUUCGCUCAGUUCAAAAUGGAUUUGAUGAACUCUGGAACUUGUAAUGUUAAGACUGAGGAGGAGAUGGUGAAAAACACGGUUUUUGAUUCUAGUGAUAGCGAAAAAACCGAUGCUUGGAAAGAGUUUGUAUCGGUAGGUCAAGGGGGAGAUGGCAGAGGAAGGUGUCGUUGCAUCCAUUGUGGUAAGGUUUUGGUUAAACCUACUAUGACAUCAAAUCUGUGGCGUCAUUUGCGAUGUUGUCGAAUGAGGCCUAAAACUAUAAGUGGUGGCAAUGAGGAACAAGAUAGACCCAUUCAUGAUCAAAGAUAUAGUUCUAUUGAUGUGGUUGGAGGGUCAGUUUCUGAAUCUAAUGUGGUUGGAGGGUCAGUUUCUGAAUCUAACAGCGAAAGAGAAGGAGUGCGUGAAAACACUCACUUGAAAAAGAGGCAACGAGAUUCGACAGGCUCCGGGAUGCUGCUUGGUCUGAAUGUUCUCGACUGUCCCAUUUGCUUUGAGACACUGACUAUUCCUAUCUUUCAGUGUGAUAAUGGGCAUUUGGCUUGCUCCUCUUGCUGUCCAAAACUGAGUAACAAGUGCCCUACAUGUGCUUCGCCCGUUGGCCACAAACGCUGCACCGCAAUGGAGAAAGUUAUCGAAUCAGUCCUUAUCCCAUGCCGAAACACCAAGUUUGGAUGCACCAAGAAGGUAUCUUAUGGGAAAGAAUCAGUUCACGAAAAGGAAUGCACUUUUACUCAAUGCUCGUGCCCUGCAUUGGACUGCAUUUACACAGGAUCAUACUAUGACAUCUACACUCACUUUGUUGAUAACCACAGUCACGUAUCCAAACCAAUGUCAUUUGUUUGCGGUGGUGUGGUUGAUGUUCAGAUGAACAUAGCUAACGAGAAGAUUUUAGUACUUUGGGAAUCAAAGAAGAGACUUUUGUUUGCACUGCAAUGUUUCACUGAGCCUGAUACGAUUCACCAAACGUAUUAUAGGAAGAAACCAGAGCCACGUCAGCUGAGUAUUAUUGAGAAGACUGAUGACGUGGAAGUGGUGGAAUCAAUUAGAGUCUUCGCAAAGAAAGAAGGAAAGAAGAAAGUCUCUGAUUGGGAAGGAGGGUUUGCAGUUACGGAAGAAGAAGGGAAGGAAGGGGCUUUAAAGAGCCAGCCACAGGGUUUGUAUGUGGCUGUUAGAUGCAUUGCACCAUCUGCUCCGGAACUCGGUAAGCUUGCGUACUUUCUCUUCUACUCCAUGGAUGGACACUCUCUUACUUAUAAGUCUCCAGACGUGAAGAGAGUUGUUGAACUGAGCUCUGAAACCCCUCAAGACAAUUUCAUGUUUGUCCCUCACUCUCUAUUGCGUGGUGAAUCGUUGGAGAUGAAGAUUGCCAUUGGACUUAAGGUUUAA